CGCCGCGCGAGUCGCAUACAGUGCUGACCGCGACGCGGUCAGUGAUGCCGUAGCCAAGGCGACCGUAGCAGCAGACUACAAGCAACACUCCGACCAGCCGUCCACCACAACAAAGUAUAGAGGUUCGUCGGAGUGUGUCGUCGUUCCACUUUUCGCGCCCUGUGCCGGUGUCAGUGUGCCGGCAAAUCCUGCGAGUCGACUGCGGUUUCCUGGGUGACAGGGCUGUGAAGGCCGUCGCUACCCGCCUUCCAGACCAACGGGAAAUAGAGAGAGAAGGAGAAAGAAAGAGACAGCGGGACCGCUUGACGACGACGACGACGGCGACGACGGCGACGACGACGACAACGACGACGACGACGAUAACGACAACGACAACGACGGGGGCACACGUCGUUCAGCCGCGCAAGUGCGCCCGGGCGCCGUUGCGUUCGAGCAAACGCCAUUCAUGAAGACAGACUCGUCUCUUCAGAAGCGGGGAGGUAGCAGCGGUGGUGGUGACUCAGUGGGUGCAGAGAGAGGUGAAGGAGUGAUUGCCAUGACUACGACUGGAGCCCAGUAUGCCCUCGCAGCAUCCACCGGAGCUAACAACAGUGGGGGUAGCUCCACACCAGUAGGGGUGGAAUCUAAGCCAAGCGUGGUUGUCGUGACUACUUCCAGUUCCAGUGGUGGUGGCAGUGGAGCACAAACUCAGUCAGCCAGAGGCCAGCAACUUAUUACUGUUGUAACAAGUCCUGAUCCUUCCAGUCCAAACAAUCUACAACCUAUCCAGUUAUUGGUCCAGGACUCACUUGAAACAGCUGCAGAUUCUUCCAACGGCUCGACAGGUACAUCAGCACAUGUUACAGCACAGGUAGUUGUCAAUACCACGCACUCAGGUCAACAUACAUUAGUGGAUUCCGACGCUGCUUCUACAUCAGCUGGAACUAUUGUUAGUGGCUCCCCACAUUACAUCACAGUUACAGGCACCAGUGAUUCACCAUCCUACGCAUCCCUCACAACGGCUGUAGUGUCUGGUGACGCGGAGGCGGUGGGGUCCGAAUCAGUCUCUCAUCCAACCUAUGUUCAGUAUGUCGAAGGGGACGGUUCCACAUAUAUACCGGCGAAUGGCCAGAUGACAUAUCCUGUUUAUACUGUCGGCGAGGCAGGAGCGAUGUAUACUCCAGCUUCAAGUCAGUACUAUACACCAGCGACAACACCAGUAACGUAUGCGCAGGUCACAGGACAGGGCUCGAACUCGACUACCGGGCAACUAUUAUCACAAGGCAAUGGCACAUACUUGAUCCAACAGAGUGUGGUGGAUGGCGACCCGACUACUCAUGCUCUCAUGUCAGCAGCAGCGGCGCGCGCUAGCCCGCAAACGGAAACAGCGGAGACUGUGGUUAGCGGGGGUGGAGGGACGUACUUGAUCAGCGGUAAUUCAGGAGGUGCCACUGUCACCGUGGAAGAAGCAGCAGCCGCGGCUGCAAACAUGACGCAUGCCACUAGAGUCUCCCAGGCCACCGUACAUUGGUUACUGGAAAAUUAUGAAACUGCCGAUGGUGUAUCCCUUCCAAGAUCGACUCUUUACAAUCACUAUUUACGUCAUUGCUCCGAAAAUAAAUUGGAUCCUGUAAAUGCAGCCAGUUUUGGAAAAUUAAUACGUUCGGUAUUUUUGGGUUUAAGAACGAGACGUUUGGGAACGAGAGGAAAUUCGAAGUAUCACUAUUAUGGAAUUCGUGUCAAACCAAGCUCACCUCUAGUCAUGUUGAAUGAGGAUGGCACAUCGAGACAACCGCAGAGCGCGAACUCUCAAGCCAAACGAUUUAAAUUUGUCAAUCAGAAGCAAGAAUCAUCCUACGAGAAUAACACGCACACGAGUACGAAUAUCUCCUCUAAUUCCUCUCCACCGCAGUAUCAUCAAUAUCUGGGUGAAGCGAGUGGUGCUAUACCUGAUUUUCCGGAAAUCUUUAUUGGCCACGAUUCGUCCUUACCUGAAGAUUGCACGCUAGAAGACAUUGAUACGUUCCGCAGCAUAUAUAGAGAACACUGCGAAGCGUUCUUAGACGCAGUAUUAAAUUUUGAGUUCGCCACCGUAGAAAGUCUCUGGAGAGAAUUUUGGCGCAGCCAGGACAAUAAUAACGGUGAUGAAUGUGAAGAGGAGAAAUAUUUAUCAAAAACCAAACUAUAUCAGAUGUGCAAAUGUACAGGAGUGCAAGAUUUUAUCAAAAAAGUGGACUAUACGUUCUAUCAAAAUCUAGUCGAAGUAUUAAUGCCUAAUGUAUUGCGACCGAUACCAAGUUCGUUGACGCAGUCCAUCCGAAACUUUGCGAAAGGAUUAGAAUCUUGGUUACAGUCAGCAAUGGCAGACUGUCCCGAGGAGAUGACACAGAUUAAGUUAACCGCAGUGUCAGCUUUUGCUCAAACUUUAAGGCGCUAUACGUCAUUAAAUCAUUUAGCGCAAGCCGCUCGAGCCGUGCUCCAAAAUUCUAGUCAAAUCAAUCAAAUGUUAGCUGAUCUGAAUCGUGUUGAUUUUCAUAACGUACAAGAACAAGCAUCCUGGGUAUGCCAAUGUGAUUAUGGAAUGGUACAACGUCUGGAAGCGGACUUUAAAGUAACGUUACAACAACAGAAUUCUUUGGAGGAUUGGGCAAUCUGGUUAAAAGGGGUCGUAACACAAGUACUGAAACCAUUUGAGGAGAAGCCAACGUUUGCUAAAGCUGCACGUCAAUUUCUGCUUAAGUGGUCAUUUUAUAGUUCGAUGGUUAUCCGGGACCUUACUUUAAGGAGCGCUGCAAGUUUUGGGUCUUUUCAUCUCAUCAGAUUACUUUAUGAUGAAUACAUGUUUUAUUUAAUAGAGCAUCAAGUAGCAAUUGCAACUGGGACUACGCCAAUAGCUGUAAUGGGAGACAAAAGUCAAAAUUGCUCUUUAGUGAAUAGCUUUGGAGCAAUAUCUAAUGGAGAUGCAUCUAACGAAACCAAACGUAUGAAGCUAAGCUAACUGCGUGCCUACGCCCUUUAGUUCAUGAGUAAUGCAGUAGCGCAUGAGAACGAGAUACUAGCACGAAAGCAUGCAGGCCUAUUAUUGAGGAGAACACACUAGUCUCGUAAAUUAUUAUUUUGUAUAACGUCAAAUUGUACUAUGACUUACAAGAGAGAGAGAGAGAGAGAGAGAGAGAGAGAG